AUGAGGACGUGCGCCGUCCUGGGCGCGCUGCUGGCCAGCACAAGCGCCGCAAAUGUCUCGACCUCUCCCUCAUGGCUCCUCUCCUCCGGCGACGUCGAUCUCGGUGUCUAUCAAGAUUCAUAUGUCAAGGCCAAGGCUUUCGUCUCGAAGCUCACCAACGCCCAGAAGGUCUCCAUCAUUACUGGUAGUUCCAUCACCAAUGCAUCUAACGGUACAUCCUGGACCGCCUACGGAAGCAAGGACGGCUUCGCUGGUAUCAACCAAUAUUACUUCGUCUCGGCCUUCGCCAUGGGCCAGGCUUUGGCCAUGACAUGGAACCGCGACCACAUGAAGGAUGAGGCAUAUGCAGCCGGGCGAGAGUUCUACCUUGAAGGCUACAACCUCAUCAAUGGUCCGCUGUCAGGAGCCUUGGGCCGAACCCCAUACGGUGGCAGAUCAGGCGAGGGUUUCACUCCAGACCCUUACUUGAACGGUAUUGCAACCGCACACGCCGUCAAAGGAAUGAGUAAGUUCAACAGUCGUGCCGCUCCAUAACUUGAACAUUGGCGCUAACGACUGUGUGCACUUCAGACUCAGCAGGCGUUGUGACUGUUGGUCGACACUUCCUCUUGAACGGUAUGAUCAUUCUUUUGACCAAAAGAAACCUAUACUAAUGCAGUGCAUUAGAACAAGAAACCAACCGAACGUCUGGCACGGUCUCCACCACAACCUCGCCAUACUCCAGCAAUGCCGACGACAAGACCAUCCAUGAGCUUUACCUGUGGCCGUUCGCAGACGCCGUCAACGCUGGAGUCGGGUUCAUCAUGUGUGCGAUGAUACAAGUGAACGGCACUUUGUCCUGCGAGAAUAGCGAGCUCGGAAACCUCCUCAAGGCUGAGCUUGGCUUUCCAGGUGCGGUCAUGCCAGACGUCAACUCUCAAACUACAAGCUACAAGAGCGCAAACGCAAACCUGGACUACGGGAGCUCCACUUACUGGACUACUAGUAUCCUCAAUGCCGGCAUUGCGAACGGCUCUUUCACCCAGGCCAGGCUUGACGACAUGGCCGUGCGAAACGUGCUUGGGUACUACUACGUUGGCCUGGACGACGGCAAGCAGCCUGAAGCUGGCACCCCUCUUGACUAUCGCAGCGUCCGAGGAAACCAUGCCAAGCUCAUUCGUACGAUUGGACGGGACUCACUCGUUCUCUUGAAGAACAGCAACAGCAGCAGUGGCUUUGGAUUGCCGUUGACCAAGCUCAGCACGUCCUUGAACAGGCCAAUAGUUAUUAGCUUGUUUGGCGCUCACGCUGGUCCUGGUAUCUAUGGACCGAACUUCGCAUUCGGCGUCACUGGCACGGAUGACCCAUAUCAAGGACACUUUGCAACUGGAGGUGGCAGUGGACAGGCCUCCAUGAGUACCCUUGUUAGUCCAUACGAAGCCAUCGUCGCUCGCGCUAGAGAAGAUGGCAGCAUGGUUCGAUACAUCCUGAAUGAUACGUACACGUCUUCUAGCAGCUCUGGCAUGGGUAUGGGUGGAGGUGGCGGUAUGGCCAGCAUGGGCGGCAACUCGACCUCGGCUGGCGGUGCUCCCAGCGGAGCCAGCUCCAACUCUUCAAUGAGCGGUGGUGGCGGCGGUAGUAGCACCGGUGGUAUAAACUUCGGUUCUGGAACUGGCCUUACCCCAUCUUUUGCCGACUACGCCGCUGACUCCGACGUGUGUAUGGUCUUCAUCAACUCUGCCUCCGGGGAAGGUGCUGACCGCACUGUUCUCUACCACACAAGCCAAGACGAGAUGAUUACCACCGUAGCCAGCAACUGCAACAACACCAUCGUCGUCAUCAACACGCCUGGCGCCCGCCUCGUCGACAACUGGAUCGAGAACGAAAACAUCACGGCCGUUCUCUACGGAUCUCUCCUCGGCCAGGAGAGUGGUAACGCCAUCACAGAUGUUCUCUACGGCGAUGUCAACCCGAGCGGAAAACUGACAUACACUAUCGCCAAGAACGAAUCCGACUAUCCCGUCAGCAUCUGCUACACCGCUCAAUGCAAUUUCACCGAGGGCGUGCACAUCGACUACCGUUACUUCGACGCGUACAACAAGUCCGUGCGCUAUCCUUUCGGACAUGGUCUCUCCUAUACGACCUUCUCAUACGGCGACGUUGCCCUCUCCACCACGAACAAGACCGCCCUAGCAUCCACAUAUCCAACUGGGCGCCUCACCCUCGGAGGAAAAGCAGAUCUCUGGGAUGAGGUCAUCUCGGUUACUUCAUCCGUCAAGAACACCGGCUCCCUUGCUGGAGCAGAGGUCGCCCAGUUGUAUGUCAGCUAUCCUGCUGCUGCCAAGCAGCCUCCAAAGCAACUUCGUGGUUUUGAAAAGGUCACGCUCGAAGCAGGCGAGGAGAAGAGCGUGACGUUCAGCGUUCGGAGGAGAGACUUGAGCUACUGGGAUGUUGUCGCUCAGCAGUGGGCUCUGGCCAGUGGGGAGUACACGCUCUCCGUGGGUGCCAGUUCGAGGGAUUUGAAGGGGAGCGUCACGUUGACUGUUUGA